CGCGCUCCUGUCCUACAGUAGGUUUCAUUUCUGUCCUUCUGACCUAGGUUUCGUUUUCUCUCCUUCAGGUCAUUCCAGUUGAGACAUCUCAACAGCCAUACCUGGAUUGUAAAGUGCUUCUCAGUAGGACUUUCAGGAGAAUAAAGUAGGAAGGAGACUGGAGCACACUGAUCUCACGUGCAGUCUUUUGAAAAGAAUGGCCUUUGGUAAACCACCACCACCAUCUUUUCAAUUCGGCUCACUUGGAAAUGCCUCUCCUUCCCCUGCCCCUGCUGAGCCCGACUCAAAGGCCUUACCUGAGACUGAUGGAGAGCCAUCAACGGUGCCUCCUAAUGCAAGCCAAAGUGGUGAGAAUAAACCAAAUAUAUUUGGAGCAUCCUGGCCUACUUUUCAGGAAUCUCCAUGGCGACAGGUGGAUUGGUCUGAGGAGGCCAAAGCAUCUCUGAUGGAGUCCAUCCGCUCAUAUAAGACCACCUGUGACUCAGCACCUGCUGCCAGAGUUCUGCUCAUUGGUCCGGUUGGAGCGGGCAAGUCCAGUUUCAUCAGCUCCGUCCAGUCCGUGUUCUAUGGACGGGUCGUAAACCGGGCCAUGAUGCGCUCGUCCUCCAGCUCAUCCACGAUUGGCUCAUCCGCCAGCUUCACCAAAAAGCUGCAGUCAUAUCAGCUGUAUGGCAGCAGGGAGAGAGUGGAUGAGAGGAUGGCUCUGGUCCUGUCUGACAUGGUGGGACUCGGGGAGACCAACGGACUCACGCUUCACGACACACUGGCCGUCAUCAAGGGGCACGUUCCACAGGGACACACGUUCAGUGCCUGCUGUCCUGUAGUGUCAGACACGGCAGGCUAUGUGAAGGAGCCGUCCCUUGCAGAGAAGGUCCACUGUGUGGUCUUUGUGGUCAGCGCGCCAGAGAUCUCCUCCUACUCGGACACCAUGAAGUCCACCUUCCACCAGCUCAGGGAGCUCAUCAGCGCACUGGGUGUACACCAGGUGGCGGUGUUGACUCAUGUGGAUAAAGUCUGUCCCAAGACAGCCAGUGACCUCUCCCAGGUGUACAAGAGUUCAUCUGUGAAGCAAGCGAUGGUGCAGGCUGGAGCUCUCCUCAAUAUGCCCGUGUCCUCCAUCGUGCCGGUGAAGAACUACUGUGAGGAGCUGGAGCUGGAGCCACACAAAGACAUGCUGCUGCUCACAGCACUCGACCACAUCCUGCAGUACGUGGACCUGCACCUCAGAGACCAGCCAGAGAUACACCAGAGGGCAGACUGCUCCUCCCCUUAAAAUCUUCCGGUUCUAUCUGACAUUUUUGUCAAAUUUCAGCAUAUUCUUAUUCUGUUACAGUGAAAAGAUGAGGUGUUUCUUGUAGUUGUGUGCAUCUGGGGCAUUAUAUCUAAAGAGGUUUGUUCUGCUUAUCCGUGUGAUUCUAUGGAAUCCUAAACUUUUGAAGCACACUACCUCAGAACUACUCAGGACGUACAUAGAAUCCAAUCAUUCCAAGGGUUCAGAAAAGAUGGUGGCAAGUUUUAGGGCCUGUGGGUAAAAUAAACUCUGUAAUUUUCUGUGGGGUUUAGCUCUGAAAUAUGUUUUUAAUAUUUUGAGGAAUGUCUCAGAAGGAAUAAAUCUGAUUAUGUUACAGUUUUUACAAGUUUUCUACAAUAGUUUUCAAAAAAGGCUACUUUUUGUCAGUACAGUAGCCUACUUCUCACGUGCAACAAAAGCAUGAUUUUAUUUCAAAAUAAAACAGUAAAAAAAUGUC